CUAUAUGUUAAGAUAUUAUUCAAAUUUUGAUGUGAUUUGAUGAACUUCAAUAUUAUCUGUAAACAUCGCACACCCUAUUUUGAAAAUGCAAGGCACCUAAUGACUUCCGCUGUGGCGAUUUCUGGGCAUUUCGUUUUUUGUUUCGAUUAUAUUUGAGACGAUGGCGGCAUCUCUGCCCCACUACGGCGAGGAUUCCCGGUCGUUUCACGACGGAUUUAGCGACGAUUCGAGCACGAUAGACGGCGACGAGGACAGGGAGUUCGACAACGAGUCCGACGAAGAUACGGAAGAUGCCAGCGAGACAGAUCAGGUCAAGAGGGAAGAGCAGCACACAGAGAUGAAAGAACAGGUUUACAAGGAAAAACUGGCACACUUGAAGAAACAACUGGAGGAGCUCAACCAGCAUGCAUCGCAUCCUGAGUACAUGCGGAGGUUAAAGAGACUGGAAAACCAGAACAAGGAGAGAACUUGGAUGGCAGAAAUCAUCCAACAGUUUGAAAUAGAGACAGUUGAGAAGCAGUACAUCAAGGAGAAGAAAGAUGCUGUCAGAGAAUUUGAUGAAGAGAAGAUAAAACUGAAGGAAAGCCUGAUUCAGGAGCUGGAGGAGAGAAAAAGAAUGAUUGAGAGUGAGAGGAAUACUAUGGAACUGACUGGAGAUUCUACAGAGGUCAAACCAGUGCUGACCAGAAAGCUGAGGAGAAGACCCAACGAGCCCCUGCCCAUCCCUGACAAGAGAAGGAAACCCUCUCCUGUAGGUGCUCCGCAGCUGAACUUGUUGUUGUCUGACGAUGACGUGCUGGAAGACCUCAGGAUUGUCAACAAAGGGAAAGUCUCAUCAAAGAAAUCAAUACACCUCAGUCCUCCAGUUAGCCCCCCCUCCCCACCAGUCAACAGCUUUGAUGCACGGAUUGAGGAAGGCAGACUCUUCUAUGACAAGAAAUGGUACCACAGAGGCCAGACAGUGUACGUGGAGUCUAAAGAGAACGGGAAAACCAGCGGCACAAUCAGCUCAGUCGGACAGAACGAGGUUUGGGUGAGAAGAUUGUCAGACAACUCCAAGUUCCGAGUCUAUGUCAGCCAACUGCAGAAAGGAAAAUACUCCAUCCGCAAGAGAGCAACAUAGCCUGGGAUUUUUUCAUCAACCAGCAUAAUUAUUUUUGGUACCACUAUUUGCAACAAUCCACCCUCAAGCUGUUCAAAAAAGCCCUAGUUUCCCCCACGGAAAAGAAAUGGAACAAUCCAAUGCAAUUCUGUCUUAACAGUGUUACAAAUGUGUUUGUCAAAUUGGCAGAUAUUGCAGAUAUGGAUUGCUUUGUUGGUGAAUAGGGGAACUUUUUGGACUGUUUGAGGUAUUCUGGAUUGUGAACUGUUUCCUAUGAGAUAGAGCCAGCAUUAUAACAUAAUGUUUCUAUCAGCAUGUUUUCUGCACACUUCUCAGUUACUGACAAGACCAGUUCAGUCUAGCAUGUUGAAUUGUUAAGUAGCUUCCAGAGUUAUGUUUUCCAUUUACUCCAGAACAGCAUAUUUCUACUUCAGCCAUAUGUCUCAGGUUCGGUAACAGUGGAUUCAUCUCAUUCCAAAGAAUUAAAAUAACAUGGCAAAGAAAGAACUUAGGGAUGCAAAAUAUGGUUAGAAAUAAAAUUAUUCAACCCCUUUUAACUUUUCAGUGUUCUUGUUACAUGAAAAGUGGUUCUUCUUUGAACUAUUGAUGCAAAUUAGAAACAUUGAUAAUUACACAAAAGCUCUGUGAAAUUCAUUGUUCAAAGGUACUCUACUCAUGCUUGUACAAAAGAUGCCUUGUCCAGAAGUAUUUAUUCAUACUCUUUUUUUGAGUUUGCAGUCAUAGUUUUGCAAAUAAGAUCAAGCUGCAUUUGCUCAGUUAACUCAGUUUUUUUAAAGAAAUGGUUCAAAUUCCAUUAUACUGUAAUUUCAUUUUGAGAAAAACAUCAAAUAUUUUAGGGAUAUAAAUGAUAUUUAGGGAAUUAAUAAUUUUGUUUAUUGUACAUUUGCAAGUGCAAGGAAUGCAGUUCUUUUGCAAUGACUUCUGGUCUUAGUAAGUUAUGGAAAAGAAUGCACCGUAGAUGUGUGUGUUGACUUUUCAAGUAUUCUCUUUCCCAUGCAUAUGCUAGAUGACUUCUGCCUGUGUACAUUUUUUUUCCUGUAGAUAAACUGAAUACAUGUAAUAGACGUACAAUAGUAUUAGUUCCUUAACUGUGAAGUAAACUCUUGUGCUGGCUCUUCUCUGUGGAAACUCCAUGAGACAAAGGACUCAAAGAUGUCCAUACCUCAAGAGUAGUUUUAUUUGUACAUAGCGGAAGAUUUAUACAAUGAAUUUGUACAUUCUUUGAUUAGAUAGUUUUUCCUGACAUUCCAAGGAGAGAAUAUAUUGUGUGUCCAUCUGAGUUUAUUGUUACGGACCUUUCAGUGUCAGGUUUCAUAGCACCAUUUUUUAUUGUACAAGGUGCUACAAAAGUGCUACAGUCCCCCUGCCGUAGCAUUGUCAUGUAUCAGAUUCAAACAAAAGUACUCUCUACCCCAGAAAGGUAGCAUUUCUUCACAACAUUUUUUUUCUUGGUGGAAUACUGUAAAAUAAGCAGAAAUUUCUACAGUCAAGUCGACACUGAAUAUUGUCCUGUUUGCUAUGCAUGUAACUUAACCGGUACUUCAAGUGCCACAUUUGUACAUGUUUAACCAGGCCAGCAAGAUCUGAAAUGUACCAAUGGAUCGUAUGUUAGAAACAACAUUUUGGUGCAGAAAAUGCUGAACAGAUCAGCUAUUAUUGGUAUUUGAAAGAAGUGUUACUUUAUGAACCGGAUUUUUCUUGCCACCAUCAUUUUCAUUUUCCUGAAAAAAAGUUCAAUUGUAUUGUUUCUUCAAAACCCUUUCCUUAAAAGUGAAAUAUGUCAAAGAGAGAUGAACUUGGCACUACAUCACAACCACACUAUUUUUCUGGGUCCUAAAUGAAAUUUUUGCAUGGUAACCCACCUUUCAGACUGUAUAGAUAUACCAGUGUAUGUAUGUAUGUACGAAAUACAUGAAGAGGUCUUUUUGUAUCAGCAAGAUUUUAUUGUUGAUUCAGAGGAUGUGCCAAGCACAGUUGGCUUACAGAUACCAAUGUUUUCCUUGUUAACCACAAUAAUUUUUUCUGGUCACAUUUUAUCUUUGCUGUUCAAAAAAAUCUGACAAAUCUGCAGGUUGACUUCAGAAAAACUUACUUUGAUUUUCUUAGGGCUAAGUUCUACUGGUAAGGCUUAGGCCCUAUUUCCAAACCGGGGCCCGUCCGGAAUGUUUUAAGAAACGAAAAAUUAAAAUGUAUACCUAAAGAUAUACACAAAUUAUGCCCAUGAAUCUUAUUUUUUUUAUUUUGAUGUAUUUUAUAUCAUACUUUUUGUUCCCGAAAGCUGUCCGGUCAGGCCCUAGUAUAGAAAUGUGACUUAGGCCUAAACUUGCUAGGUAGAUAACAAAGCAACAAAGUGUUGCAUACUUGAAGUUUGUAUAUGUAACCAACCAUCUACAAAGUCUUGCUAUUGUAAAUUACUGCUAGUGUCUGUUUUCCUGUCUAUUGUGUCUUCC